AUGGCGUUCGACAUGACCAAAAACACCAACCUUGCUGUUUACUGGGGCCAGGACGGCGACGACAAGCAGCAGUCUCUGUCUCACUACUGCCAGGAUGACACUAUCGACACCAUCCCGCUCGCCUUCCUCUACCAAUUCAAAGCCAAGGGUGGCAUGCCGGCCAUCGACUUUGCCAACACCUGCAGCGCCUCGGGAAACUCGGUGUUUGCUGGCACCGCGCUUGCCAACUGCGACAGUUUGGCGGACGACAUCAAGACGUGCCAGAAGGCCGGCAAGAUCGUGACGCUUUCCAUUGGUGGCGCUACGGGCGAGGUCGGGUUCUCGUCCGACUCAGAGGCGAAGACAUUCGCAGACACUAUUUGGAACCUGUUCCUCGGGGGUGAGAGCCCUGUGCGCCCCCUCGGCGACGCUAUCCUCGAUGGCGUUGACUUGGACAUCGAGAGCGGCUCUCCGGCUCACUAUGCGGCGUUCGUUAACCGCAUCCGCUCCAACGCUGGCGAAAACACCUCCGACAAGACGAAGGCCAAGUCUCGCCGUGCUCGACACCGGAUGUUGAAGCGCAAGAAGAGCAGCCCGACUUCGUCUAAGAAUAGUACUGAGAUCGACGUCACGACCAAAGACAAGAAGUACUACAUCACCGCAGCGCCUCAGUGCCCUUACCCUGAUGCCAACAUCGGGGAGGCGCUGAACGAGGCUCACUUCGACGCCGUCUAUGUUCAGUUCUACAACAACUACUGCGGCCUGAACCACAAGUCGGAGUACAAUUUCGCCACUUGGGACAAGUGGGCGAAGACGCAGUCUGCGAACCCAGACGUCAAGGUGUACAUCGGCGCCCCCGCGUCGUCCAAGGCGGCCGGCGAGGGCUACGUUUCGGCGGAGACCCUCGCCAGCUACGUCGCCGAGGCGCAGCAGAAGUACAGCUCGUUUGGGGGCGUCAUGUUGUGGGACGCAGACACUGCCUACAACAACAACCGCUUCGACAAGGCGGCGAAGAACGGCCUCACGGCAAAUUAG